AUGGGACAGAAGCAGUCGCUCAGUGACUCUCUUCACCGCUACGUGUACAACCACGACAAAGAGGGCGUGGCCCAGUUUCUCCAGACCCACGAGUCGGAUAUGAAGCCGGGCAGACUGGAGGACAAGGUUUUUGUUGAGCUCAUCCUUCAGCAGUGGGACUCGGACACUGUUCUGCGCUUUGCCGAGGCCGCCACUGAUGAUCAGCUGGCUGUCCUCGUCGCAACGGCGGUGUUGCAGAACCAUGUAGUGCCACUGGCUCCUCUCUUUGAACGCAUGGAGAACCGGGAGCGCGUCAUUGAGCAGCACCACCUGAAGCACCUCUUCCUCACCGCUUGUGAGCGGGAGAACAUCGACGCCGUGCGUGUUUUUAUCACCAACAAGACCUACGACCCAUCAGACCGCCGCCCGUUGCGAGCGGUGGUGCGCGCGCAGCUCGUCAAAUCCGUGGUGAACGAGGAACUGUUGAAGAUGGUGAUGUCGACCCACCCGCAUCAGGCAGACAACGUUGAGUACAUCCGCAAGCAUUGCCUUUCUGAUGCUAAGAGUGAGGAGGUUCGUAAGAUCGUUGAAGACCGUCUUUUCAACUACAUACCGUAA